CGGGCAUUAAUUGUCCCAGGUAGCUGCCCUGCCUCAUGGCGUCCGCACCUGGGUCGCGCAUUCAUCCAUAGAUAGCUCACAUGGUCACUCACAAGAUCCACACCGUCACAUCACGGCAUAUUGCUACUAUACAAGACGACAUGAUACCACAUGGAACACACACAGAGAGAAAACACACAAGAAGCGCCUCGUUCGUCACACAAGCGUCCUGAUGUGCACAUCAGCCAUGUUCGUCACGAGAGCAGCGGGCGGGAACAUCGGGGCGUCAGGGACACGGUGGUGUCCCCAAUAGGGCUGGCGAGGGGCUUCUUGGGGAGGCUCAGCCUGCUGGGGGGGUGGCCGGCCAUACUGUGAGUAGGGGUGGGGAUGGGGGUGUGGGGCAGGUCUGAGCCCAGGUGGCGGCCGCUGGCUGCUCAGCGUCUCCUCAAGCUCUUCCAAUGUGACGCCUUGGCGCAGUAAGGCCUCGCGGAGCGCCCUGACAGACACGAUGGAUGACGGACACAGACAGACAAGGGUGGUCGGCUAAUUAAUGCAAGUGGUUGUGUUGUGUGCGGCUGGUCUCUCUCGCCUUUGCUGCUUGAAGUUGUUGGCCCAGUACUCGAUGGGAUCACGGGUGCGGGUGAACACCUACACACAGCAAACACAGCACGGUCGAUUCAUUCGUGCCUUCGUGAGUGACGUGACGGCAUCCAUCGUGCUCACCGAUGCGGGGAAGAAUGUCCGGGCUGAUCGGCCGAAGAACAUGGCCUCGCCGAGACUGUCCACCAUCUAUAGACACAUCAAGGAAAGGCACGCCGAGUGGUCUGCUCACUUCACCACUUGUCUUUUCUGGUGCCUCCCUCACUGACCUUCCUGUGGCUCUGCAGCUGUGCCCUCUCCGCAUAGAUGGGCCACACCUCGUUGAUGCGCCCCGUCAAGUUCUGCCAUGCCAUGCAGCAAAGCGGAUGACAUGAGGGCAACAGACACACCAUGCCGCACUUGAACCGUGUGUUGGUUUACCGCGAUCCUCUGCUGGUGGGUGGGGUGCGUGUUCAUCCACGCAGGGAUCACUGACGUCGGGUCUGCAUGCCACGCACACACAGACAUGCGGACGGCAGGCAGGAAAUCGGUAAGAGCAUCCACACACACGGCAAAUGAAUGAGUACAGUGAGGGCAUCCAUCGUCACUUACCGACUUCGAACUCAGUGUCACCCAGGUCCUGUGGAACGACACGGCGCGACAAAGGACAUGUCAGUCACACAUACACACACGUGCACCCAUCAUGUUGUUUCGUUACUUACCAUCAUGGUCGUCCACAACUUGACGGCUGAUAGGGGAUUGUACCUGAUUGCAAUGACACCACACACACACACAGAUGUCUGUCGGCAGCCACAUCCCUUUUCCCUUGGCCAGCCCACCCUGCCCUGGCCAUGAGUUCGACCCCCAUGUCAUCCGCCUCCUUCUCAAGCCAACGCGAAUACGGCAAAUCUACACACACACACACACGCACGCACACACACACACGCACGCACGCACACACACAGAGAGAGAGAGAGAGGAAUGUACUGCCUCUUUCUUUCUGAGGUUGUGAUGUGGCUGACCGGUGAAGAAUGUCUGUGCGACCGUAACCAUCAUGGACGCCACGAAUGCCUUGAAGGUGGUCACGAGGCUCAGCGGCCACGUCAGCUUGGCGAUGGGGAUCGACGCCACCAGACCGGUGAUGACGGCCAGCGCUGAAGCCCUGGAGAGGUUCUCCAUGCCGUGACGCGCCAGCACGUGUGACAUCUCGUGGGCCAGCACCGACGCCAGACCCUCCUCGUUGCCCGCAACCUCGAUCAUCCCCGCGUAUAAGAAGAUGGUUCCUGCAUCAGAUCAAAUGUCACACAACAGACAGAACAGGACAGAAGGGGCGUGUCCCAUAAUGGGCAAAAUGCUGUCCAUCCAUUUGUUUGAUGCUGAGAGCUCAACUGACCCAGCGGCGUCGCGAAUGCGUUUCUUUCCUUUGAGGGCACGAUGACGAUCCGCCACACGCGGGUCAUCAGAUCCUCGCGACUGCACAGCUCUGGCGGCACCGCAGCAAGGAUUUUCUGAUCACCAUACACACACGCGCACACACGUACUUGCAUGCUGUGUGUGUGGUGUGUGUGGAUCAUUGAUCAUUCCCACCCGUUUGACGCGGUCGAUGGCUAGGUGCAGCUCGUGGUGUUCGGGCACGACGGGGAUCUGCUUGCUCUGGAGGUUCUCUAUCAGGCCCUUCACCACCUCUUUGCCGAUGUCAGUCUCCUACACCAUCACCCACACACAGCACACAAAGAGGUGCCGCUUUCCUUCCAUCCGUCCAUCCAUGGGAGCUGUGCUCACGUACAUUCUCCCUCGUGAACAGAAUGACCCGCCACCGCUUUGUCAUCGGCUGAAGGAGAGAAACGACACACAGAUGAAUGAAAGGAGGAAUGAAUAAGAAAGGACACAAACAGGAUGUGUGGGCAGUCAUGGAGCACCCCGACGCACAUUCUGGUCGAAGGAGGUGGCCACGACCGACCCAGACAGUAUGAACGGCAGCAGCGACACAGCUAUCACCACCGGCCUGUACUUGGGCUUCUUGCCCGUCACGCGCCACACAAAGGGCAGGAACCGGCUGGCCAUCGAGCUGAUGUUGAUGAUCAGCGGCUUCAACUUGGCGAACAGCGGGAGCUUGGCGCCCAGCGCCUUGAGAGAGGUAGCCAGAACCGCGAACAGCUUGCCAAGACCCAACUUGGACAGCAACGCCUUCGCACCGAUAACGGCUCCAUAGAUGACAGGUACGAGAGGGGGGGCGGGGCGGACGGGACUCACAUGGACGAAUCGACGAGAGGCCUUGACGACCAGCUGGUGGGUCGGGGCACCCUCCGCUGGUCUCGACAAGAUGUUGGCCGUCCGCCUGAUGCAUCCAUUGUCUGACGGGGCGGCCGUGUGGAACGCUAUCGCCCGCUGCCUCAGCACCGCCCUGUGCAGUGCAGAUGGGCCAUACGCCGCUCGUGACAAUGCCGCAUACGGCAAGAAGUGCCGCGAAUGAGUCGAUGCUGAUGAGGCCGACGUCCUCGAGCAGAUAGAGAGGGCAUCACUGUGGUCCCGCCUCGGCUGCAGACAGGUGUGCUGCCUGCCUGCCGCUCGCAGAGCAAUGCUGAAUCGGUUCCUGAACAUCAGAGAUCUUCAGAGAUGGAUCCUCAGAGAUAAAGCGCCGUGGGAUUCAGUCUGCAAGGCCGUGUUAUCGUGACGUUUUCA